AUGUUGACUGCUAAAAGAAUUGACACGUUCAAUAUCAAGUCUAUUUAUGCCUCCUUGUCAUUGCCUGAGGUUUCAAAAUUGAUAAUUGUUAAUUCUCAUAAUGAUGUUCUGGUUUACCAUAAAAAUCAGGAUAUAUUUAAACAUCUUCAGACAUACCCAAAUCUAAUUAAACACCUGCAUACUGAUGAAUCACGUAUAUACGACUUAAAAUAUUCCCAUAGUAUAUCCACGAUAUUUGCACAAUGUGACAAAACAAUCAUAUUGUUAAAUAGUAGUAAUCUUUCUCAAUAUGAUUACAUAUUCGAAAAGAGAGGAAUUGAACAGACAUGGGUUUUUAAUAUAAGACAUACACAUACUACUGAUGACUACAAAACCAUUUUACUCUAUUCAACAAAAACGAAGCCAACUUUAAGAGCAUUAAUAUGGGAAGGUACCACUUAUAAAAAAAUGAUAGAUGUACCUUUGUUCCAUAAAAGUGAAAAAGCCUUAUCUGCAUUGGCUAUCCAGGAAGGAAUUUUAAUAUCUACUAAACAUGGAAUAUAUUUGUGGAAGCAUGAUGUGGACAAGUUAAUAAAAAUAGAUAAAAUUACAAAAAGAACUGCUCCAGAUGAUAUGAUGGUUGCAUUAAAUAACUUUAAAAAUAUUUGUGAGAAGGAAUCUCAGGGCAAUAAUCCAAGAGAUAUAGUGUCAAAUAAAUCAAUCAGUAGUAAGGCGUCAGAAUACACUUUUAACAAAUCAAGGCCAUCAUCCCAAACCUUUCGCAAAGUUUCUGGCUAUUUUUGGCAACAACAAAAGUUCCGUCAUGAUCAUUCUAAUGAUAAUAUUAGGUAUAUAUUCAAACCUUCUGAAAAAGAAAAUCCAAUUAUAUUUGACUUCAUUUCCCGAAAUAUUUUAGAACUACAUACAGGAGACGACAAUCAACACUUUUUGGUUUUCUCUGAUUGCAAUUGCUUUAAUAGCUUAAACGAAGAUUAUUUUUCAGUGAAACAUAUAGAUCUUAAUGUUGUGCUUUUAUAUAAUGAGCAUAGUGUUAAAUUUAUAGAAUAUGAACAGGGAUUUCCUUUCCUAAAUAUGACGGUAGAUGAUGAAAUUAAAGACAUUUUACUUUUGGAAGGGCCAUAUUUUGUAAUGAUAACUAAAUCGGAUGAUGUUCACUUAUAUCAUUAUCAAGUAGAUGAUUCAUUUGAACAGCACAUUUUAGUGAAAGAAUUUGAUUUUAAUACGAAUAAGGAUAAAGAACUUAACCAACUUUGGCGCAAUGUUUUAUUUUACAAAUACUUUUUAUCUUCUACUUACUCGUUAGAUAUAUGCGUUUCUUCAGAUCCUGAACAUUCCUUGGACUUAUGCGCAAUGAAGCUCAGAGAUUUAACGGUAGUAUUAUGCCUAAGGGUAUUUGAAAGGUAUCAAUAUUAUCUUAAAAGUAUUGAAUAUAAUGAAGAUGUGAUAGAGAAAUCUUAUAAUAUUCAAAGAAUAAUUGUCGAAAAUAUUUUCAAGUUAUUUAUUACUUACUGGGCGCCACCACAUUUGGUGUUACUCAAAACUUUACCCAAUGUAAUCUUAGCCUAUGUUAUGGAUCAUUUGAAACAUUAUGAUGAUGAUAUCGAUGCAGAAUACUACUCUUUACCUGAUGCUUAUACAAAUAUGGUACUGCCUAAAUUAAUUUUGCAUUGUUAUGUUCCAUAUUUAAUAGAAAUUAGGCGACAUAUUAAAAAUAUCAAGAUUUCCAAAUUCGAAGGCAACGUAACGUGGAAAAUAUUUGGCAGAAAAAUUAAUCAAACUAUCGACUUUUUCUUAGUUGAUGAUGAUGAAGAUACAAGCAUCGUUGAUUUACUGACAUUAUUAGACACUUCGUUAUUUGAAAUUUAUUUUAACUAUAACAAAGCACUAAUUGGUCCAUUUUUGAGAGUUGAAAACUAUGCGAAGGAAAAUGUUGUUAUAUCACAAUUGAAGAAAAAUAAUAUGUUCCAAGAAUUGAUUGAUUGUUACUUUCAGUCAGGUAAGCAUAAAGAAGCUUUAAAUUUUUUAAAGACAUUAUAUUUAUCUCUCUCUUCCACUGAUGAACAAGAGAUCAAAGAUGGUAUUCUACUACUUAUUAUUGGAUAUUUGCGGAAUGUUCCAAAUGAUUUUAUUGAGCUAAUAUUUGAUUACACUAAAUGGGUAUUAGAUAUUUAUCAUGACAAGGAAUCUGUAAUAAUUUUGGUUUUUAUGCAAGAUACUUUAGUUUCAAAAGGGAGAGAUUACCAAAAAGUGUAUAAUUUCAUUAAGAGCUUUGAUGCAGAGCUUGCAGUUUCAUAUUUGGAAUUUACUAUUAGUUCAUUUCAGUUAACAAACGCUACUCUUCAAAGUAUAUUAAUUAAAGCUUAUAUUGCAAAUUUAUCUGAUGCACAUAUAAGAAAGAAAUUUAACUCUUUAUUAAAAUCAUCCAUGAUAUAUGAACCAAAAUUUGUGCUAAAAAUUCUAGAUGAUAGCAUAAGAGAAGGACAAAAUAUGGAUAUCGAUAAUCUUAAUUACUUACAAUUCUUAAAAAUCUAUCCGUUGUACAAAUUAAGAGAAGAUAAUUUAUCAGUUUCAAUUGUUUAUAAUAAGCUACACAACUAUGCAGAGGCUUCAAAGUACUGUCUUAGAAUAUAUCGAGAGGAUAUGGAAAGAGGUCAAUCUGUCAUACUUUAUUUCUUACAGCAAAUAUUGAAGCUGCCUGCUAGUGAUAUUAACGAGAACGAAGAUGUGCUUUAUUUUCUGAAGGAAUUUGGUUCAAAGUUGAACACUAAAACCAUUCUUAAAUUGAUGCCGCCAAACACAAACAUCAAAAUAAUAUGUGAUUAUUUAUUGAACACUAUUGAAACAACAUCUUUGAAAGUUGGAGAUAGUAAUUUGGAGAGAAGUUUACUCCAACUUGAAUUAAUCAACACUACUAAUACUUUAAACGUUAUAUUUUCUGAAAAUUAUCUUAUUAAAGAAACAGAUAUAUGCAGUGUUUGUGAUAAAAAGUUCCCUUUGUCAUCGAACGAUUCUGUAUCUUUAGUAAACAUAUAUGGUAAAUCAAAAAUAGUACAUACAACCUGUGCUAAAGUUAUUGAAACUCAUAAUUCUAAAUCCAAAGUUAAUAUUCCCAAGCUUAUCACAGUAGGUGAUUACAAAGAUGGCCAAAACUAA